AUGGAGUCUACAACCCCCAAGGUACAGAAAACUGGCGGCCAGGCCAGUAAGCCUGCGACCCCUCUCCGCCCGACCCGGUUGUCCCGCUUGCAGGAGAAGGAGGAGUUGCGAGAGCUCAAUGACCGUUUGGUGGUUUAUAUAAGCAAAGUACGGAGCCUAGAGAGCGAGAACAGCCUGCUACAGCUGCGGAUGACUGAGCUCGAGAAGCUGUGCGACCGAGAAUUUAGCGGGCUCAAGGCUCUGUAUGAGACCGAGCUUGCGGAUGCCCGCAGGGCCUUGGACGACACGGCCCGUGAGAAGGCCCAGCAGCAGAUAGACCUGGGCAUAUUAAAAACAGAAUACGCUCAGCUGCAGCUUAAUUAUAUCAAGAACACAUCAGAGCUUAAUGCUGCCCACAUCAAGCUCAGAGAACAUGAAGCUUCACUGAAUUCUAAAGAGGUUGCCUUGGCCACCGCACUUUGUGACAAGAAAAGCCUGGAGGGUAACUUGGAGGAACUGAGGGAACAAACUAUGCAGCUGGAAGCUUCCCUGGAAGCUGCAAAGAAGCAAUUAGCAGAUGAAGCCUUACGUAAAGUGGAUCUUGAGAACUGUUGUCAGAGCCUCACUGCAGAACUGAAAUUUCAAAAAAAUUUGUAUGAGGAGGAGCUCAAAGCAGUAAGAAGGAAGCUUGAAACAAGCUUAGUUGAAGUGGAUUCUGGACAUCAGACUGAGUAUGAGUACAAGUUGGCUCAAGCACUCCGAGAAGUGAGAGAGCAACUCGAUGAAAAAGUGAAAUUGUACAAAGAAGAACUGGAACAAAGUUAUCAUGACAAACUUGAGAAUGCUAGGUUGUCUUCAGAGAUAACUGCAUCCACUAUAAACAGUGCAAGAGAAGAACUGAUGGAAAGUCAUAUGAAGAUUGACAACCUUUCAUCUCAACUUUCUAACUUACAGAAAGAGUUCAGAACAUGUUUGGCUAGGACGCAAGAGCUAGAGGAUUUGCUUGAGAAAGAAAGAGAAAACUCUCGACAACUGUUGUCCAAUAAAGAAAAGGAAGUCGCAGAAAUAAGAAAUCAAAUGCAUAAAUAUUUACAUGAUUAUGAAGAGCUUUUUGAUGUAAAGUUAGCCCUAGAUCUGGAAAUUAGUACAUAUAGGAAACUGUUGGCAGUUGAGGAAGAAAGGCUGAAGCUUUCUUCAACCCCUUGUUCUCAUGUAACAGUGUCAAGAGCAUCCUCCAGCCAAAGUAUACGUACAACUAAAGGAAAGAGGAGGAGGGUUGAUGUGGAAGAAUCAGAGGCAAGUAGUAGCAUCAGCAUCUCUCAUUCAGCCUCAGCCACUGGAAAUGUUUCCAUUGAAAAGAUAGAUGUCGAAGGAAAAUUUAUCCGCCUAAAGAACACUUCUGGACAGGAUCAACCAAUGGGAGGCUGGGAGAUGAUCAGAAAAAUAAGAGAUACAUCAGUCAGUUAUAAAUAUCUCUCAAAAUAUGUAUUGAAGGCAGGCCAGAGUGUUACAAUUUGGGCUGCAGAUGCUGGAGUCAUUGCCUCUCCUCCCACUGACCUCAUCUGGAAGAACCAGAAUUCCUGGGGCACUGGUGAAAAUAUAAAGGUUAUAUUAAAAAACUCUCAAGGAGAGGAGGUUGCUCAAAGAAGUACAACCUUCAGAACAACAUUACAUGAAGAAGAGGAAGAAGAAGAGGAAGAGAAAAUUAUUGAAGCAAUUGAGGAAGAGAAUAUCUUUCAGCAGCAGGGAGAUCCAAGGGCAUCCAAAAGAAGCUGUACAAUUAUGUAAACUAUUAAAAUCAGUUAUCUCAAAUUAAUUGCUGUAAUCUGUAUCUACAUAUGCUUAGAACCUCAGAAGCACAAAGUAUUUUUAUAUUUCCUUUAUGUGAAUUUAUAAGCUGGAAGCCUAAUGGCCUUA